CAUUUAUAAGAUAUCAAAUACACAUUUGGUUUUAAAUAUAAUAUAGUACAUACAAAUGUGUCAUCAAUAACGCAAGGUUUUAGAGUCAUGUUUUUUGUAAAUUUCAUAGUGAUCUUUAUAAUACUAAUAGUGGAUAGGAUAAAUUUAGGUGCUGAAGCCCAGGUAGUCACGUUGUCUCCGACCUCUCCCACCAUGACACAGUACAGUCCUCUGACAUUUACCUGUGAGACACAGAGCACAAACACAGGCUACGUAAUAUGGGGUAAGCGGGUAGGAAACGCUGAUGUUGCUAUCGGGACCAUAAUCAUUAGAGGUGACAAUGAUUGUUCUCCUCCAUACGUUGGUUUGGCACCAAACUCCACACUAUACAGCUAUGCCUGUCCCGCUACAAACAGACUCACGUUAACGAUAAGGAAUGUGUCGAGGACGGAAAAUGGAGUCAGAUGGAAAUGCCAAGUUCAGGUCAACGGAACAAAAGUUAAUAGCAACGAAGAAACAAUUACAGUGCAAGUUGGCAUCACCAGUGUUACGUUAUCUCCAGGGCUUGACCCUAUCAACGUGAUAGAGAAUAUCCCAACAACAUUGCAGUGCCAAACAUCAGGCGGGUUACCUGCUGCCUCGGUCAGAUGGUUCAUCCAAAGGUCAGGGCAGGUGCAAGACGUAACGUCGCUCUCGACAAACACGUACCUGGAGGAGGAUGACCUCAACGUGACGCAGAGCUCACUAAACUUCACCCCGUUAAAAGUUGAUCAGGAUGGCCAGAUAUACUGUUCAGCAGAGAAUGUGGGAGUAAAGAGAAUUCCAAAAAGCCUUCUUUAAAUGUAUUAUACGGACCUGACAGACCGCUGUGCAAAACGAUCAACUUCAACAUUACUUCAGUAUUGAAGGUCGUUAUUGGUACCACGUUUACCAUCUUCUGUACAGUUGACAGUAAUCCAGCGCCAUUUUCGUGG